UAUCCAAUAUGUCAGCGCCCAUGUCAUCGGUUUGUGUUUCAAGAGUUUGUUAUAAAAAGUACGGACUUUUGACAAAAUAUUCUUGUUGGCACAGAAAAGUGUCACACAGAAACUUUGAAGCGCUAGCAGAAAGAGAAAGUUUGGUUGAUUCAGGACAAUUAUUUUAUUGCAAAAAAUGGAGACAGAAAUCGAGCUAUGCCGGGUCCUGCAGGCGGUUGCAUUGUCGUGUAAUAUCCUAUGCAAAUGCCGAUGGGCUCAAUGAUUCACCAAGCAAAACAUUGAAGACCAAAAAACAGAAUGGCAACAAUACUGAGAAGACUAGACACCAAGCAACAUAUGAUAUACCAACACCACCUGGUCAGAAGAAAGACACAACAAGCGCUCUGCCCAGCGCUUACAGUUCUGAGUUUGUGGAAGCAGCUUGGUAUGCCUGGUGGGUACAGCAGGGCUACUUCAAGCCUGAUACCAAGGUGAGAUCCGGGGUGGAGAGUGACAGGUUUGUGAUGUGUCUGCCCCCUCCCAAUGUGACAGGCACGCUACACUUGGGACAUGCCCUCACCUGCUCCAUCCAGGACGCUAUUGCUAGGUGGCACAGGAUGAAGGGGCGGUCCGUGUUGUGGAUCCCAGGAUGUGACCAUGCAGGCAUUGCCACCCAGGUCGUUGUAGAAAAACGACUCGCACAGGAAUGUGGAAUCUCACGACAUGAUAUAGGCAGGGAACACUUCAUACAGGAGGUGUGGAAAUGGAAACAAGAGAAGGAAGACUCAAUCUUGCAGCAAAUGAGGAGGCUUGGAUCAUCAUUGGACUGGAGCCGGGCUUGCUUUACCAUGGAUGAGAAAUUGUCAUCUGCAGUAACAGAGGCCUUUGUGCGUCUCCAUGACGAAGGUUUUAUUUUCAGGAGUAAGCGCAUGGUCAGCUGGUGCUGCCAACUGAAAUCCGCCAUCUCUGACAUUGAGAUUGAGGAUCUCUCACUUGACGGUCCGACCAAAAUAAAGUUGCCAGGAUACGAGGAGGAAGUGGAGAUGGGAACCAUCACAACCUUCUCCUAUCCAGUUGUAGGAUCAGAUGAGGUCAUUGCUGUGGCCACUACUCGGCCGGAGACCAUGUUAGGUGACACGGCCGUUGCUGUGCACCCUGAUGAUCCCCGCUACACCAACCUCCAUGGAGCCAAGGUGUGGAACCCCCUGUCAAAUCGGAGUUUCCCUGUGGUCUGUGACACGUAUGUGGACCAGAACUUUGGAACAGGUGCUGUUAAAAUCACUCCUGCCCAUGAUCCCAACGACACAGAAAUUGGUCGACGGCACGGUCUUCCCAGCAUCAAUGUCAUUGAUGAUGAAGGGAAGAUGGAGAAUGUCCCGGAGAAGUACUGUGGUAUGAAGAGGUUCCAUGCACGGGCAGCUGUUAUACAGGAUCUCAAGGACCUGGGACUCUACAGAGACACACAGCCCCACUCAAUGGUCCUACCCUUCUGUAGUCGAUCAAAAGAUGUGAUUGAACGACGUCUUAAGGACCAAUGGUUUCUUAACUGUAAAGAGAUGGCCGACCAUGCAAUCAAGAGUGUAAACACUGGAAAGCUAAAGUUGAUCCCAUCAUCUGCAGAAAGGAGUUGGUUCCACUGGCUGAACGAAUGUGAAGACUGGUGCCUGUCACGUCAGAUCUGGUGGGGUCACAGGGUACCCGCCUACCUGGUCACCAUUAACAGCCAGCCAGGUAAAGAGGAAAUGUGGAUAAUUGGUCGAACAGAAGAAGAGGCUAAAACUAAAGCUGCCCGCCAACUAGGUGUGUCACCAGACUUAUUGUGUCUACAACAAGAUGAAGAUGUGCUGGACACAUGGUUUUCUUCCGCCUUAUUUCCGUUCUCCUCACUAGGUUGGCCCAAUCAGACUGCUGAUUUAGAAAGGUUCUAUCCCACAAGCCUUUUAGAGACAGGAAGUGACAUCAUGUUUUUCUGGGUGGCACGGAUGGUCAUGCUUGGGUAUAAACUGACUGGUCGUCUCCCUUUUACAGAGGUUUUAUUACACGGGACAUUACGUGACGCUCAUGGCAGAAAGAUGAGUAAAUCUCUCGGUAACGUGAUAGAUCCCAUGGAUGUUAUACAUGGCAUCUCAUUACAGGAGCUCCAGCAGCAGGUGAAGCGUGGUAACCUUGAUCCCUCAGAGGUCACCAAAGCUCAAGAAGGACAGGCCAAGGACUUUCCACAAGGCAUUAAGUCCUGUGGCACAGACGCACUGCGGUUUGGGCUCUGCUCCAUCGAUUAUAGUUCUCAAGCAGUAAACCUAGACAUGGGCCACAUAGAAAGUAAGCGACGAAUGUGUAACAAGAUCUGGCAGGGCUUUAGUUUCGUCAAGACAAACCUUGGACCAGACUUCACCCCCGCAGUAAACUUCAAGUCUGAUGUCACGGUGACCAACUUGAUGGACCAAUGGAUUCUCAGUCGACUGAGUCACAUGGUCAUGUCAUGUGACAAGCACUUUGCAGACUAUAAGCUGCAUGUUGUGACGGAGAGCCUGCAGACGUUCUGGAUCAAUGACUUCUGUGAUAUAUAUCUGGAGUCUGUGAAGCACGUACUCAGAGGAGAUGACAGUAGAGCUGAUACUGCCAGACAGGUGUUGUGUUUCUGUGUAAACAUAUAUCUGAGAGCACUCAGUCCGUUCAUGCCCUACCUGACAGAAGAACUAUACCAGCGGUUACCAAUGGCUGCUGACUGGCCGGAGAGUGUGUGUAUCAGUCAGUACCCGACCACAGAGGAUGUACCCUACAAACAGGACAGAUUGGAGGAGGCUGUUACUGUUGUCAAACUGCUGAAGAACAUCAUACUAUCUGUGGGGACCAGGUACAGCAUCAAGGCCAGGACCCUUCCAGUGAUACUACAGGUGCAGAGUGGUGACCUUGUACAGAUACUGACAGAGAAGUCUGUGUUGACGACCUUACAGACACUGUCCAGGGCUGGAUCUGUUGACUUCCUCCCCCCAGGCCAGGCUCCACCCCAGGGGAGCCAUGUCAUGUCACCACACCCACAAGUACAGAUCUUCUUAAUGCUGAAGGGCAUCAUAGACCCCAAGAAGGAAAUCGCACAACUAGAAAAAAAACUGCAGAGACUAGAGAAAACAGAGAAAAAGAAGUUUAAGAAAAAACCGGAAGAUAACGCAGACUUUAUAAAGUUACAAAAGGAAAAAGAAGUUUAUAUGAAAGAAAUAGCUGCUAUGAAAAAAUAUGAAACGGAACAGUGAGGGUGGGAAUAUUGUCGUGACAGACUUCUCGGCCUGAUUCCUUCACCUGAUUAGCUUGGAUGUGACACAGAUAGAUGGUUCUAGCCGAGUCUCACACACUCUAGACUG